UACUAAUAAAAAUAUGAAAUCAAUAAAAUUUGGCAUUUGCUCUUUAGUACUUAAUACUGUAUUUACGAGUGUCUACUUUAACAGUUUAAUAAUUGUCUAAGUUAACAUUAGGUAUUAUUAAUUAUUACAUUAUAGUUUAUAUUACUAAAAUAUUAAAUGUAUUCUAACGUUUUUAAUUUUCAUGUUUUUAUUCUGUUAAUAGUUAUAUUACCGUUUUAUUUUACUUGGGACAAUGGCUUGGAGAUCUAGCGGUCGGACUAAUAUUGAACUUGUAGAUAAUUUACUAGGUGAGUCAUUUUAUUAUUAUAAUAAUAUUAUUUCGUGAAAAGAACUUAGAUGUAACCAGGCGUGGAGUGUUGAAGUUAGUGGGCCACUAUGCAUUUUUUUUUUUGAAUUUGUUGAAUUUGUUGUGUUUGUAAUAGUUUUAAGCCAUGCGAUUAAUAAAUAAUAGUGGCCCACAAAAAUUUAUUUUUGUUUUUAAUUAAAUGUUUGCUUUAAAGUAGGUACCUACUUAUUAAUUAAUAAUAUGGAAAAAAGUAACUUCUAAUUAUAUAGGGAGCAACUAAUAACUCUAACUUAUAAGUAAGUUAAUUUAUUCUACAAGUACCUCACUACCUACUUACCCAACUAGUUACUUUUUUCAUCAUGCAACUUAUAACUUGAUUUGUUUCUAUAAAAACUUAAGUCAGGAACUUCAACUUACUCAGUUAGUUUCUUUGAGAAAUUUGCCCAGCUUUGAUUUUAAGAGCAUUUGGGUUGUGUUUUAUUUUUUGAAAUAUUCAUAUCAUAUUUGUACUUACAUAUUUAUUAAUACAAGAAAAUAGUACUUAAUAUAUUGCAUUAUUAACUAUUUGUGUAUUAAAUUAAUUAUCCAAACUUUUAUUUAAUACAUUUAUUAUUGGCCUAUUAGUUGGUUUAUUGGGGGCAAUGCUACAAUAAAAUUUGUAUGUAGGUACUAAUGUAGGUAGGUAUACAAUAAUACAAAAUUCACGUACUUAUAUUUAUUUAGUAUUUAAAUUUAAAACUAAAUGGGAUACACAAAUGCAUAUUGAUCUAUCAUUAGGUGGGGUGAACUAGGUUACAAUACAUUAAGCUCUGUAAAUAGUGCAAACAAAUAAAAUGAUCUGUUAUAAACUGAUUAUAAUUAUUAAACCUUUGGUAUAUUUUUAACUGUGUUGGGAGAGUGUGAGAUAUUGGCUUGCUCCUACCUAGCUGACUUUGUAGUAUUUGAUUAUUCAAUAAAUAAUGGCAGCUUGAAAUAGUGUUAACAAUGAAACAAUGUUCACACAGAUUCCUAGUUGCUUCCAGUUCAAAUGAGAAAAAAAAAAGGUAUAGCCUAUUCAUAUGGGACUUAUGUAAUUAAAAUCUAUAAAAAGCGCUUAAAACAUUUUUGCUUUUUCAAAUAUUUUUCAAGAAUUAUUUGAUGUUUUUAAGAGCUUUAUUGUGGAUUUUAAGUGUUGGUACUUAUGAUCAAAGUUUGAAGAAUGAGCUGAUCAGUUUUUCAUGGUACGAACUAUGUACACAAGAAGAGAUUUUCCAAAGGAAUGUCAUGACUGAGCAUUAGAAUAGUUGUAAUAGGGACUUUAAUUCUCAUACCUAUCUCGAAAAGAUAAAAAAGUAUAAGGUAAUUAUAUAUUUUUAUUUUACAGCACACAAGAUUAUUAAAAGUAAUAAAGUUGAAAAAGUAAUGAAAGCUGUUGACAGAGGUAAUUAUAUAUCUACAUUACCAUACAGUGAUUCACCCCAAAGCAUUGGUUACGGAGUCACAAUUAGUGCACCUCAUAUGGUAAGUAGAUAUUAGAAUAUUUAAUUUUAAUUUAAAUAUUGAAAAUAAUACACCAGUAAGAUUGAUGAUAAUGCCUUACUGUAACAAACAUUCAAUAUAAUACAUGAAAUUAUGUUACCUAUUAUCAUUUUUAUUUUCUUAUUUAAAUAAAGGAACGGGAUUAAAUAUAGUUCUCAUCGUGUCGUGUAGCUCUGUUUUAUUUUUGAAAUCUAUAUAUGAGAUUUUUUGUUAAUUGUAAAAACAAACAAUGUAGAAUCACAAAAAUGUCAUACAACAUCUCAACACCUUAAUAUUUUAUAUCUAAAAUAUUAAAAUGUAAAAUAGUUCUACAUAAUUUAUUUAAAAAAACAGAACAUUAUUUAUAUUUUUUAGAUUCUGAGCGAGAUCUAUUGAUAUUACUAUGAUGUGUGUUCCUUUUGCUGUCUGUAAACAACUUGUCUCAAUUGAAAAAUGACAAAAUAUCUUUUUUGUUUAUUUUUGGAAUUAAUUUUCGCAUUUAGAGAGAUCAUUUUUUUAAUUUUACAAUUAAAAAAAUAGUAACGUCACGUUACAGAUCUAGUUGACGAUGAUAUAAUACAUUCUUUGUAGUUUUUCUAAUAAUUCAAACCAGAAAAAAAUGUAUUAAGAACAGGAAAUGGUUUCAUUAUUUUCAAAUUUAUUUGUUGAUUGUAAUUCAGUUGAAAAUAUUCAUAGAGGCUUGAAAUUUUGGCAGAAAACUUAUAUUUGCCGUUUAUAGAAGUGGUAACAUUUUAAAAAUAUUUAUAAGCUAUUUAUACGCAUUUAAAAUUUUAAAAGUUCUUUGGUAGGUAUUAUCUGGAUAAAAUUGUUUGACCAAACAGAAAUGUUUGAAAAAGUUGACUGUAAUAUAGUAGUUUUUUUUUUAAUCAUUUUAUAAAGAAAAAUGCUGAUAAAAAUCGUGACUACUACAAUAUUUCAAAACAUGUAUAGGUAUUUGAACUUAGUUUAUUGUUGCCUACUAAUAUAAAUUAAAUAAUUUAAUGAAUCCUACCUUUCCAACUUUCCACCUAUUUUAAUUUGAUAGGCCAUGGUUAUUAUCCCAAUUUUCCACCUAUAAUAGUGGUGCAACUAUCAGCAAGAUCAGCCUUUUUUUUAAAAAUAUUUUUAAAUUAAAAAAUAGAUAUCUUCUUAAUUAUUUAGUAUUUAAUUUAUUAUUACUAUCAAAAAAAUACAAGGUGAUUCAUUUAAUUAGGAACACUCAUUAUUUUGGAAAGUAUUACAUUUUUUCACAAUUUUAGUAACAAGCAGCUCUACAAUGUUAUAUUUCCAUUAUUUUUAUCACCCUUAUUUUUGGAUUUUUCAAUAGAAAUUGGCAUUUGAAAGUCAAAAGUGGGUUCACCCUUAAAAAUAAGGAUGGAAAAAAUAAUGGGAAUGUAACAUUUUUGAGCUUAUUGUUUCUUAUAUUGUCAAAAAAAAAAAUACUUUCCAAGAUAAUGAGUGUAUCCAUUUAAAUUGUUCACCUUGUACAAUAUCAAAUUAUAUUUUUGUUAUUUAUUUGACUUUUAUACAAUUUAAUAUUGUAUAUUUUAGCAUGCAUAUGCUUUGGAACUUUUAAAAGAUCAUUUAGUAUUUCAAGAACGAGCAUUAGAUAUUGGUUCUGGAUCUGGGUAUUUAACUGCUUGUAUGGCCAUAAUGAUAGGGGAGAAUGGUAAAGCUGUUGGAAUUGAUCAUAUUCCUGAACUUGUUGAAAAAUCUAUACAAAAUGUUAGACAAGAUCACCCAGAACUCUUGAAUUCCGAAAGAGUCAUCUUUGAAAGUAAUAAUUGCGACACAUUAUUUUAAGUAGUUAUUUAUUAAUUAAAAAGAGUAUUUUACUUUUGCAGUUGGAGAUGGGCGAUUAGGUUUAGAUAAAUAUGCACCAUAUAAUGCAAUACAUGUUGGAGCAGCAGUAGAAAAAAUUCCAAAAACGGUAAUUUUAUACUUCAAUAAUAAUAUUUACAAAACGUAAUUCAUAUUUAGUUCUAACAAGUGGAUAUCUAAAACAUUACAGACCACUUGAUUGUUUUAAUAAAUGUAUGACUUAAUUUGUCUUGUUCGCAUUCAAAAUUUUAGAGCAAAUAAUUUUAGAAAUGUGAACAUUGUUUUGGUAUUAAAAAUGUAUGUUUACAGACCCUAAACUAUACAUUUCUAAUAAAGUUAACAUUUAGUAUGUCAUUCAUAUGAAUAUAUUAAAGUUGAAUGUUAUAAUUAAACAUAUAUUUAUCAUAAUUUUAACAUUUUUUACUAAUAAACAUUAUAAAAUAAAUUUAAUUGCAAAAAUUAUUUUUUGAUAAUAGUGUAACACAUUACUUGUAUUUUGCAAUACUGCCUUAAUCUUACUAAGAAAUUAAUUUUUCAACACGGCUUCCCAAACAGUCUUUUAAACCUAUGUUUAAUACAUCAUAAGGACACGUUAGAUUUAGUGCAAUUAUUUUUGUGUAGAUGACAAUGUGUUUAUUUUUAUUUUUUUUCUAGUACAACCAUAUUCUUUUUACAACCCUUGACUAGUCACUUUACGUCCAAACCAUCCUCUAACACACUACGAUAUGCUCUUUAUUGACUCUAUUUUGUGUCACAUGACAACUUAAAAAUCAAAGAUGGUCAGAUCAAUUUUUUUUUAUUUUUCAAAGUUUAAAAAAUGAGUAAAGGACACAUAAAUUAUUUUUAUUAGAGCGAUACGUGCGUAAUGCGUAUUAAAGAUCAUGUGUAUUAUCGUGACCUAUCGACCCCAAAGUAUGUAAUAAUACAACUAAAAAAAAACCUCAUUCAACUGCGUUGUCGUCGUCAAGAAAUUGUAUGUGCAGAUUUUGUUUCCGGUUGCAUAUAUGCAACGAAUAUAUGCACACAAGUAUAACAGGAUUUCUACUCCUUUUUUUACUCCCAAGAUCUCGAAUCAUUGAAAUCUUCUACCGCGAUAUACGUCUUGUAAAUCUUAUUCAAAUUGUUCCCGAGAAAAUGCCGAGUGUUUCCCGAAAUUCCAAUGCCCAUAUCAAUAUCAAUAUAUCAAUAAGCAACAGUCACAGAUAUGCGAAAACAUGGAACAUAUUUGAAAUUAAUAAACAAAAGUAGUUUUUGAUUGUAGUAUAUUAUCAGAUAAUUAUUCAAGGUGUAAUGAAAUAAUGCACGGAUUAAUAAGUAUACGAUUUAUUACAAGUUCUUACUUCCUUCCUACCUUACCCAAAUUCCAAACCUUAUAUAGGUUAACCUAGUACCUUAAGUGGUUAAAAACCACGUCGCAUAUACAUCAAGAUAUGUAUAGGUGUUAAAAGACAAAAAUCACUUUGGGUUAGUCGCAUUUUGAUGUACAAAUGUCGAUAAUCUUGUCUAUUGUGGUCAUGUAUCGUCAAUUCGUCGACAUUAUUAAUUUCAAAUUUUAAUAUUAGAUCAGGUCAUGUUUGAUUCGAGGUCAUUUUUCUCAUCAGACUGAGAAAAUCGAUUUUCGCUUUGCGAGUGCGAAAUAAAGAAUUAAGGACACAAUUAUAAACUAUAUUAUUUAUAGCGUAAAUGAAAUUCUUGAAACGACCGGUAAAAAAUCCCAACGGAAUUCACUUAACAUUUUCAUAUAGCUAACCACUGGUUCGUGAUAAAAAAUAAAAUAAAAUCGUGUCUGCGGCGAGGGUGUGGCAUGACGCAGACGUCCGUCGAUCCACAAAACCACAUUCCCGGUGGAAUGAUUUAUAUAUAUAUAUAUAUUUAUAAAUAAAAAAAUCGGAGAAAAUAAAUCCGUUCCCCGGGAAAUUUUUUAACGUGUUUAUUUCAGUUUUACGUCGUCCUCGUUUCGUUAGGUGAUUUUUUCGCUUCCGGAACCAACACACUUAUUUUAACGCGCAAAAGAAAAAAUGCGAUGACGUUAAAACAAUAACAAAAAGAUCAUUUGUACGAAUGUACCUUUGAAUAAAAAUAUAGUCCGUUAGAGGAUAAAAAUAAAAAUAAAACAACUACAAUUUUUUGACGUUUUCUAAAGAUUUGCGAUUUUUGUCUAGUGAUCUCAAACAGUUUUAUUUCCCUGUUUAGUCAUUACACAAUGCUUGAGUUGGGGAACAAAUAAGGGACGGUUGUUGGUUCUAGUUUAGAAAAAAUCGUUAAUUUGUUCCAUACUUCGGCUCCUAAAUUUACAUUCCUAAGUUAAUUUCACGCUAAAAUCGAAGAAAAAAUAUGUUCACCAGCGUUCAACUAUAGUUAACAAAUUGAAAAAUGUCGUCUCCUGAUAGAGUUUUUGGAUUGAUUUACUUCAAUCCAGUUUUUCUCUGAAACUUUCGUCCGUGUUCUGAAAAACCUCGAAGAUCUUUUGUCAUUUUUACUAAGUCUUUACAUCUUUCUCGACCAUUUGUUCCUUCAGUUACUGUCGUAGCCAGGUUUUCCAAGUAUUUGUUUACCAUUUAUGGCGGGGUUUCCCUCUUGUUAUCUUUUGCUUGGUUUAUUAAGACCAUGUAUGAAUUAUUUUAUCUUAAUCCCUUGCUUGCCACACAUGACCAACCCACUCUAGUCUUUUAGUGUGUGUGGUGUAGUGUACUAUAUUAUAUUAUUAUCUUUCUUUAAAAUAUAUCUAUUUAUGUAUACAUUUUGUUUUGUUUAGUUACUUGAUCAGUUGAAAGUAGGUGGUCGACUUGUGUUGCCAGUUGGUCCACAAAAUGGUGAUCAAGUUUUGGAAGUAAUUGAUAAGGCAUUAGAUGGUUCAGUAUCUAGGAAGAAGUUAAUGGGUGUAGUUUAUGUUCCAUUAACAGAUGCAGAAUCUCAAAGAAAUAAAAUGAAAUAAAAUUAUCCGUGAAACUGCAGAUAUAAAAUUUGAUUUGAAAUAUAAUUUUAAUAUUUGCUUAAUAAAAAAAAUUGAUUAGGAGGUAUCAUUGUAUUAUUACAAAAUUGUUUAAACUUGUAUUUUUAUUUGUGUAUUUGAUUUAGUAUAAAACAACACAAUAGAAUUAAUUGUUUAGUAU